AUGUCGGUCAAAUUCGAGAAGGAGACGACGACCAAGACAACAGCCGCUGUUGCCGACGCUCUGGAAGGAAAGGAUGGAGUGAUGCACAAUCUCGGGCAGGCUCUGACCAAAGGCGGCGGUCCCAAUGGAUACCUCGCUGCAUACCUCAAGCAGCUGCAGAGCAACCCGUUGCGCACCAAGAUGCUGACUUCAGGUACUCUGUCUGGUCUCCAAGAGUUCCUGGCCUCGUGGAUCGCCCACGACAGGAGCAAGUCGGGUCAUUACUUCACCUCGCGUGUCCCCAAGAUGGCCAUCUACGGUGCCUUGAUCAGCGCGCCCCUUGGACACGUCUUGAUUAGCGCCCUCCAGAAGGUCUUCCAGGGGCGCAAGAGCUUGAAGGCAAAGAUCUUGCAGAUUCUCUUCAGCAACUUGCUUAUCUCGCCCAUCCAGAACAGUGUGUACCUCGUCUCCAUGGCCCUCAUCGCAGGCGCUCGCACCUUCCACCAAGUCAAGGCGACAGUCAAGGCUGGCUUCUGGCCUGUCAUGAAGGUCAGCUGGAUCGUCUCGCCCAUCUCUUUGGCAUUCGCCCAGCAGUUCCUGCCUGAGACCACCUGGGUGCCCUUCUUCAACAUUGUCGGUUUCAUCAUCGGCACAUACAUCAACGCGCAUACCAAGAAGAAGAGGUUAGCUGCUCUCAGACGAAAGCACUACGGUGACGGCAGCGGCAGGAGUCAGGGUCCGGGUUCGCGCCCUAGUUCGCGCCCUGGCUCGCGUCCCGGCUCCGUCAGUGGAAGGCCUGUCGACGAGUAUGGCCGUCCCGACGACCGCCCACGCUACUAA